UUUGCCCGCACAAUCCAAUCCACCACCUUGUGAGAAGGAAGUGUGUUCCUCAGGCAUUUGCCGACCCGUGUAGCUUUGCGACCUCCGCUUCGCUUUCGCAAGUCAAGAUGAAUGUUCGCGUGUGGCAAGUGACCUUGUCAGUGGUCUUGGCCGGCAUCCUGGUCGCCACAGCCGUCAGAGCCAGCAGUGGCAAUGAUUGCUGCACUGCCAUCGUCAGGGGUCUUCAUGGCUUCGUCUGCGCUCUGUGGUUCGGAACGGCUGCCUGGGGAGCCAUCUUCCAAGGUGUACUGAUGCUGGAGAUUCUUCCCCGUCACCACUUUGGCAACCUGCAGUCUCAGGUCAUCCCGAUCAUGUUCCAGUUUGGCAACAUCUGCAUGGGAUUGGCCAUCGCCACUUUCCUCCACCAACACCCAGUGGCCACUUUGAACGGAGAGGAAAUGUGCCAGUUGGCCGUUCUGGCUGUCAGUCUGGUCACCUCCAUGCUCAACAACGUCUGGUUCCUGCCCAACGGUACACGCAUCAUGCGCGUAUGCCACAAGAUGGAGAAGGAGGUCGGUGAGGGCCAUGCCGUCCGCUUCUUGGACAUGAAGAAAUUCGAGGGCAAUGCCAAGUACACUGCCCUGCGCAAGGAGUUUGACUUCUACCACGUCGGCACCCAGCUGACUGGCGUCAUCUCCUGUGCUUGCGUCGCCUAUCGCAUGGCCUACAUCUGCAGCCGCUAUGCUAUUUAAACUGAUAGCCUUUUGGGCGACGUGUCUUUUAUAUUUUCUUUGAGAAUUAGAGAGAUGCUCAGAAAUAGAAUUCCAAUUUUGUUUUCGUUAUUCUCUUAGAUACAGUGUACCUUGUUUCGCUCCUGUCUAUAUACGAUAGCUGUGUAAGACGGACAAGAGAUUUGUUUUAUCGUUUGUUGUGAAACCUUGGUGACAGGCGUGUAAAUAUUUUCGUAACCCUUGGCUCGUGUGCAACUAACUGCAAGUUUGUCCAGUG